CCACUGAUCCAUUCGUGGGCAGACGGCCAAUGAUCACUAUCACCAUUCGAUAUUCGUCACCGGAUACUGACGGAGCGUUGGAGCAGCAGGCAACAGCAGCUAAGAACUCGCUUCACCAGAGCGUUCGUCCACCGACGGUCGCGACUGCUUCCUGUCUCCCUCAGUCCCACAACCACUGCCAACUGGUGUGUGUAGCUCUCGACAAGUCGACGACGACAAACGACAAAAUGGUUUCCGAUGCCGUCAGAGAACAUAGCGCCGCGACGCGACACUGAGUGUCGGCCGGCUAUGCAUUGUCAGUUUGGAUUUGGCGGCGUCGGAUCCAUGGGGGACAACAUUAGGAAGAAGGCCACCAGCGACACGUUGCCCAAACCUGGAAAGGUCAACUCGGUGUGUAAAGAAUGGUUGGUCCACGAAGACGGGGCAUUGGCGUAUCAUUUACAAAAGUUGGAAGUCGACGAACAUUACAGUGGAAAUCGUUCGCGUAAUGCUAUCGUUCGACAAGACUUGCCUACAGCCAAGGAGGAACAGGAACGUGAAAUACGUGAAGCUGAAGAACGAUAUGGCGCAUUCAUCAAAGAACAGGAAGAAAAAGAUCUCAAAGUUGCUAUGGAAUUAGCUGAUAAAUUAACAAAAAAUAAAUAUACACAUGACAUCGGGGUUACUGCAAAUUCAGGUGGAAGUAGACCAGGAAUAUUAAAAAAACACCGUCAACCAGAAUCUACUAAAAAUUUUACAGUAGAGUCCAAUGAAUAUACUGAGUUUGAUAUUGACGAUAUUUUGCAUGACAUUGACUAUGAAGAAGAGGUCAACCGUCGAAUUCAAGAACAAAAGGAUGCUGAAUUGGCCAAGCGACUUCAAGAACAAGAAGGACGUCCCAUGUCAAUUGAAGAUAGGGAUAGAUUAAUUGCUAUUGAAACACAAGACUGUGAAUUGGCUAAGCUUUUACAAGAAAAAGAAAAAGCGCGAAUGAGGAGAGCUCGUGAAAAAGCAAAACAAAAAGCAUUACUUAAAAAACAACAGCAGUUGGAAGAAUCGUCUGAAGUUGUAUCAACUACCCAAGAACCUCUUUCUAAUAUUGCUAUUGCUAUUGAUCCGACAUAUAGUUCAAGAAGAACAGAACUACAAGACAAUUUUUGUGGUACUUCUACUGCUCUAUCUUCAUCAUUAGACGAUGUUCCUCCGUACAUGCCAAUUCAAGGACAACGACGAAGCAAUCAUACAGAUAAGAAAAAAAAAUCAAAGACUGAUGGUGUUGCAUCAUUUUUUAAAGUAUUUAAGUAACGUUUAGUGGUGGGAAAAUAAAAUGUGAUAUUUCUAUAUUUUAGAUUCUGAGCAUAACAAAAAUUGUAUUAUAAUUUAUAGUAAAUUUUUUAUUUUGUGAAUUAUACUUAUUAUUAAUCAAAAUCUGGUAUUCCACCAAUUUCUAAAACUGUGUUCAUUGUCCAUCUGAACAUAUUUUAAUAAUUCGUGUAAACUAAAAUAAUGCGUAUUUUUAAUAUUUCACUUGUUGUCAAUUAUAUUUUUAUCUUAUAGUUCAUAUUAUGCAAAAAUGUAUAUAUUUUUUUGAAUUAAUACCGUUCUUACUGUAAUUGUGAAACUAAUUGUAUUAAUCUAUUGAUAAUAAUGGUCGUGAUAAAAAAAAAUAUUGUAUGUACAGCGUUUUAUUAUUUUUAUUGUUUAUUUAUGAAAUAAAACUUUUUUGUAUUAUUUUA